GGCUCUGAUUCCUAGAUUGAGAGGCACAAAGACAAGCUUGAGAAUGGUGUUUUCCUGUUGGUAAAAGAAGAUACUUAUCCUAUACCGCUAUACCUUUCCCUUCAAUUGGAGCCAAGUGCCUUUACUUGUGCCUAACUACUCUCUACUAUCACCUUCCCAAUUUCUUCACUUUCCUGCGGAUGUUGUCAGUCUCCGGCGGCCUGCACCAAUCUCAGCCGCAAUGCAAAAGCCCGUGCUUGAGCCAGAGCGACGCACCAAUCCCUUAAUCUGGUGCGCCGCUUUGAUCUGCACCAUUCUCACCAUAGCCGUGAUCAUCACCGGUUUCGCGGUCUUCGUGGGCUACCUGGUUCUCCGCCCCAAGGUGCCUCAAAUGAGCGUGAGGAGCGCCCGUUUGGAGAGCAUCGACUACGACAUGGCCGGCAUCUUAGCCGUGAAGGUCUCCGUCGUGAUCACCGCCCAGAACGACAACGCGAGAGCCCACGCCAGCUUCUACAAGACCAGCUACGCGCUCAGCUUCGGCGGCGUCAAAGUGGCGUAUCUGAACGCCGAGCCUUUCGACGUCCCCAAGAACAGCUCCCGCGACUUGUACUACCUGGUGGAGUCGACGCCCAUCCCGCUGUCGCCGGAGCAGGGGGAGACGGUGGAGGCGGCGCUGCGGCGGAGCCAAGUGGCGUUUGAUCUUAAAGGGACGUCCAGGACCCGGUGGAGAAUCUGGAGGCUGGGUUCGGUUAAGUUUUGGCUUCACCUUGAUUGUCACCUCAAACUUCCUCUAGAUCGAACCACACUUUACCCAAAAUGCACCACAAAAUCUAGGUAGAUUGUUUAGUCUCUUUCUCCCUCUCUCAAAAUUCCUCAACAAUAAAGGUAAUCUCACUCAAGAUGACAAGACAUUCGCACAUGUAAUCAAGUCACGAAUUUGAAUCCUUGCUCCCUGAUUUGAGCUGAUCAGUCAUAAGUAAUAACUUAAGCUGAUUUACUUUCUUAAAGUUCUUUGUCAGUUAGGGUUACAAGGACAGGAUUUACUCACAUUCCAAAGGGUUAUGGAGUUCCCGUCAUCAAAUAAAAAAAAUCCUCAAGAAUAAAGCAUUGCCAACAGCUUUAAUUUACCUUUUUGUUAUUUAUAUUAUUAAUAAGUUUUUACGGUGCAAUUUGAUAAUAUUGUGCCAUGUUUUUAAAUAAAAGAAGAAUUACAAAUACAUUUUGAUAUCAUUGUAACUUUUAUUUUAUAUCAGAUAAUAAAUGCGAAAGAUCCAAUGAUUUAAUG